CCAGCGGCCGCGCAGGCGCAGCUCGGGCCGGGCGCUCCCGGCGCUGCCGUAAAGCGGCACGGCGGCGGUUCCGGGACGAGCGGGUAACAAAACCCAGACAAACCAAAAAAAUCACACAAGGACACAGUUCACUGAAAUGUGAGAAUGGCCAAUUCUUUAAGAAGUGAAGUGAUAAAACUGUACAAAAAUCUGCUGUACCUUGGAAGGGAGUAUCCCAAAGGAGCAGACUACUUCAGAAGCCGCUUGAAAGCAGCUUUUCUAAAAAACAAAGAUGAGACAGACCCUGAAAAAAUUAGGCAGCUGAUUGCCCGGGGAGAGUUUGUUAUAAAGGAGCUGGAGGCUUUGUACUUCCUGAGGAAAUACCGAGCCAUGAAGCAGCGCUACUACAGCGAUGACAAGCCCUGACUGUGCCUGUAAGCACACACACCCAGGAAAGUGCAGGAAAAACAAGGAGCUACUGGAGAGGAUCAAGCAGAGGCCAUAAACACGAGGGGUCUGGAGCAUCUCUUACGAGGAGGGACUGCAGGAGCUGGGCCUGUUUAGUCCAGAGAAGAGAAGACUGAGAGGGGAUUUCAUCAAUGCAUAUAAGUAUCUCAAGGGUGGGUGUCAAGAGGACAGUGCCUGGCUCUUUUCAGUGGUGCCCAGCAACAGGACAAGGAGCAAUGGCCAUAAACAUAAAGCAAGAAGUCCCACCUCAUGAGGAAGCAUUUCUGUACACUGAGGGUGGCAGAGCCCUGGAACAGUUGCCCAGGGAGGGUGUGGAGUCUCCUUCUCUGUGGACAUCCCAAACUCACCUGGACUUGUUCCUGUGUCACCUGCUCCACGUGACCCUGCCUGGGCAGGGGGUUGGAUUAAAUGGUCUGCAGAAGUCCCUUCCAACCCAGACUAUUCUGUGAUUCUGUGAAAGUAAAUUCUUAGUUUUUAACCUCACCUGCCCAACCUAAAGAGGCACCACCUUGCUGUGUCAGGGAGACAACUAUGGGGUCAGGAAAGGGGUGAGUUUGAACAGCAGUGCUUUAAGCACUUGGGCCCUGAAGACAAUCCUGCUACUGCUGAUUUCUGCUGUUGUGUAACUGCUGCAGCAGGAAUAGAAAACUUGGUCUUUGCCCCUGGAAGAGAAGUUUGGCCACGGCUGUUUGCUCCAGGCUGUCUCUGUAGGCCUUGGCUCAACUCACACUUGAGCUGAUACUCUGUUGAGUUGGUUGGUGUUUCUACCAAAUGACACUGGAGGGAGAAAUAAUCUUUGAAAUAUAGGUAAGAAUCAUUGCAGUAGAGCUGUUGGAAGUAGCAAGUCUUCACACUGGCACUAAAGGGAUGUUUUAAGGUCACUCAAAGAAUUGCCAGCAAGGGCAUCAGCAAAACCAGGUUUAAUAUAAAAAUGAAAGUGCGACAAAGUCCAUUCAGCAGGGUUCACUCCAGUAUUUACUAGGUGGUUAAAGCACACACAGAAAAAGCAAACUAAAAUCUACAAUCAAUCAGUUAAUACCUAAAUCGACCAAAACUUAUCUCUGAGGAUGCUGGGGAUACAAAAGGGUAAGGAUAAAAUGAAUAAGGGAGAUGCUCCCAUUGAGUCACUAAGUUCAGAGUGGACCCCCCUUGCUGAACUGAGCCCCAGAUCUGACCAGUGGUUUAUGCCUGAAGGUUUAAUAGCACUUAAACUUAACAGCACUUAGUCCAUAGUUUAAUUUAGAGUAAUUUAACUAAAGAUUCCUACAGAAUUUCCUAUAAACACAACAGCAACUCACUCAUAGGCCUGAGUAACUUAGAAUCUAUGAGAGCACUAUCCAUGGUACAUUUUCUAUAGCAUAUCCACACUCACAAACAGUCCUGAAGGAGUAUGUCCAAGGUAUAAAAUUCCCCUGGAAUUCACUGAAGCACUUACCUUGGAUACCUUUGCCUCUUGUCAGUGGCUGAGGGGUUGAGCCUCAAGGAAGGGGGGGGCAUCAUUCCAUGCUCUGUUGUCACUGCUGGUCCUCCAAAUACAGCAAACAGGAGCUCUCUGGCUCUGAGGGGCUGCACACAGAGGGAGACUUCUGGUCAUUGCCCACUGCAGUCCAGCAGAGCUCCAAGGGCCUCACUCAGGCCCAAUGUUCAUAGGGUCACAAGUGAGGUGGGUUUAGUCACAGCACAGUCCACGUCGGUAACUUCCUUUGAAAUUUCAAAAGCAAAAAUGCUGUUCCCACUAGGAGUGUUCUCCAGGCAGGCAAAAUAAGUUUCCAGGGCUGUUGGUUACAAAGCAGGAUCUCUUCAGACAGCACCAAUUCCUGGGAACUAUUCCUGAAGAGCUCCAGAGGAGCUCAGCCCAGGUGCUGAGUGAGCAUUUCUGACAUUACAGCUGGCCUGAGGAGGAGGGAGGGGGGGAUGCAGCACCAUCCUCACAGAAUUCUAGGACAGAAUUUACAACGUGAUGGCAGAGUACAGUACCUUGUGAUGAAAUGCACAUACUCCAGUUUCUGCCACCACACUGAUGUGAAAAACUUCUUCCACAUCAACUGAGCUCCUCUGCACUUCCACCUGCUCUGAGCAGCCAGCAGCCACCAUUCUCAGAGAGAGGGACACUAAGGGGGGCAAGGACAGCAGCUCUGGAACAGGCAGCAACAGCAGAAGUGCAAGGAAGACUAGAGAACAAUUGCCAAACACACAGAACUCAUGAAAUGCUCUGUUACCUGAAAUUCUUGCAGAAGGAAAGGAAACUGGAACAGACACUCACAAUAACUAUUUUUUAUUACAUUACAAUAAAUAGGAGCAGUACAGUUUGACAAAAAAAAUGACAAAUUCCAGAUCACCUCACAGCACAUACUCCUAAAAACAUUAAAAAUUUUAAAACAAACAGUGGUCUUUUUUUUUUUUUUUCCUUUUUUUAACUUAAUGUCUGGCAUGACCAACAUUCCUAGGUCACACAACCAAAUUAUGGAAAAACUGGAUCACACUGCAUAUGUUCCACAUCAAAAAAAGCACAAUGUACAAAAUGUGCAUGUUUCAGUUUACACUAUACAAAAAUAGUUAAAAUACAUUCCAGGUAAACAUAUUACAUUAAGAAGUCAUUCUAGUAAGAAGUUGGCACUCAAGAGGAAAAAGCAGAAGUAUUUUCAACAUGAAAACACAGGACAGUGGAAUAAAGAAAUGUUAGGAAAGAUUUACCAUCUAUGUAGCUUUAUGUAAACUUGAGACACGAUGAUUUGUUUUACAGUUUGAUGGUCUUUGAAGGUAAUAAUUGUAUUGCUUUAUAGUCUAGACAAGAGCAGAAGAUUGUGUGUAUCAGUAUUUACCCAUUAUCCUGUUACUGCAACAAAGCCCACACAGCAAAAGAGUAGCAAAAAAUUUCAGGGCACUGAAACCGGUCAGAAUAAUUCUUUUUGGAGCAAACCAAGGACCCAGGUAUUUAGCAGUUACAUAAAGCUACUGUAAGAAGGUGUUACUCCCUGACACAAGGCAGUUUGACAUGGUGACAUGGGCAGUGACUCCCAGGCUUGCUCAAGAGCUGCUCUCGGGACACAGCACCCAAGGAUGUUCUGUGGAAGCAUCUCAAACAGGGCAGGACAGGGCAGUGAUGAUGGAGCAGCUUGUGCAAGCUGCAAUCCAACGUACUUCACCAAAUCUCAACAAACAGGAAGACAAAACUGCACAACAGUGGCAAGGACGGGGUUGGGUUGGGUUUUUUUUUCAAGUAAAUAAGGGCUAAUCUAAAUGGAUUUUGUACUAAUUUAAUUAGACUGGCAGCUACAGCUCACUUUUGCUGAAAAACCCCAGCACUGGUUCAUAUAUAGCUUUAUAGUAGAGCUAUAGAAACCCAGUUUUGAUGAAUAAGACAUUUCAGCUACAAAUUCUCCUAACAGCUUUAAGUUAAAUUAACAUCAGAAUUUUCGACCAGCCCUAAUUUGACAUGCAGUGUGA